AUGAAGCUCUACCUGGCGGUACUUACCGCCGCCACCGUACAUCUGGUACGAGGUCAGGUCGAUGCACCGUGCAUACCGGGAGUGACCUGUCCGACCUACAACUGCAGCCCAGAUAGCCGAUGCCAGAAUACUAACCCUAACGAGGGUGCCAGGCUGUUACCGCAUCCGACCUGUUCCAAGUUCUACAAGUGCGCAAAUGGUAACGCCUGCGAAUACGACUGCCCCGCCAACCUGCACUUCAAUGCUCACGAAUUAGCUUGCGACUGGCCGGAACGUGCCUGCUGUGACCCUAUGGUACCCUGCCAACCGCAGGAUCCUUGCAUACCGGGAGUUACCUGUCCUCCGGUACCGUCGGAACCGCCAAUACCGACAGCUCCCCCGCCUGUACCGACAGCUCCACCACCAGUUCCGACAGUUCCACCGCCUGUUCCAACAGUACCACCACCGCUUCCUCCAGUACCAACUGUUCCGCCACCUCAGCCAUCACCACCAGCACCAGCACCGGGGCCCUGCAUUCCAGUUUGCACUCCUGAACCUCUUUGUCCGAUCGGUGAGGAUCCAAUGAAUCCUACAAAACUACCACACCAAGAUUGUACCAAGUUUUACAAGUGUGACAUUGGCAACAAGUGUCUCCUAUCGUGUCCACCAGGGCAGCACUUUGAUAAGCGCCGGGGGGACUGUGAUUUCCCCAAUCUGGCCUGCUGUGAUCCAGCUAUACCAUGUACCGGACCGAACCCUGGGAAUGUCACCCUUCUACCACACCCAUCCGAGUGUACGAUGUUCUACAAGUGCGACAAUGGGCGAGCCUGUGAAAAGAAUUGCCCGGCUGGUUUGCAUUUCAAUCGAUUACUGUCGGUUUGCGAUUGGCCAGGUAGUGCUUGCUGUGAUCCAACUAUACCGACCAACUCCUGCUCCGACACCAGUUCCAACUCCUGCCCCAACACCAGUCCCAACUCCUGCUCCAACACCAGCCCCAACUCCUGCUCCAACACCAGCCCCAACUCCAGCUCCAACUCCUGCUCCAACACCAGCCCCAACUCCUGCUCCAACUCCUGCCCCAACUCCUGCACCAACUCCCACUCCAGGAGAUCCUUGUAUCCCAGGAUGCGCGAUGGAGUCAAUGUGACUCUACUACCUCAUCAAGCUUGUGAUAAGUUCUAUAAAUGCAGUGGCGGAAAGGCUUGUGAGCAUUCAUGCCCACCAGGAUUACACUUCAACGCAGAGCUGAAGGUUUGCGAUUGGCCAGGAGAUCCUUGUAUCCCAGGUGUUACAUGUCCACCGAGCAAUUGUAUCCAGGAUUAUCGCUGUCCAGUGCGCGAUGGAGUCAAUGUGACUCUGCUACCUCAUCCAGCUUGUGAUAAGUUCUACAAAUGCAGUGGCGGAAAGGCUUGUGAGCAUUCAUGCCCGCCAGGAUUACACUUCAACGCAGAGCUGAAGGUUUGCGAUUGGCCAGGUAGUGCUUGCUGUGAUCCAACUAUACCGUCUCCAACUCCUGCCCCAACUCCUGCUCCAACUCCUGCCCCAACUCCUGCUCCAACUCCUGCACCAACUCCCGCUCCCACUCCAGGAGAUCCUUGCAUCCCAGGAGUUACAUGUCCACCGAGCAAUUGUAUCCAGGAUUAUCGCUGUCCAGUGCGCGAUGGAGUCAAUGUGACUCUGCUACCUCAUCCAGCUUGUGAUAAGUUCUACAAAUGCAGUGGCGGAAAGGCUUGUGAGCAUUCAUGCCCACCAGGAUUACACUUCAACGCAGAGCUGAAGGUUUGCGAUUGGCCAGGUAGUGCUUGCUGUGAUCCAACUGUGCCGUGCAAUCCUCCAUGUAUCCCAGGAGUUACAUGCCCGCCGACUGGUCCAACUCCUGCUCCAACACCAGUUCCAACUCCUGCUCCAAUACCAGUACCGGUGCCAACACCUGGUCCACAAGACCCCUGCAUACCGGGUGUGACCUGUCCACCGACGGGUAGUGAGAAUUGCCACAACGAUAUGCGCUGCCCAUCGCUAGACGGUAUUAAGCCAACACUCUUUGCCCACUUCGACUGUAGCAAGUUCUACAAGUGCACCAACCGUAAGGCCUGUGAGCAUUCCUGCCCUCCCGGACUACAUUUUAACGCGCUGCAAUUUGUUUGCGACUGGCCGCAUCACGCAUGUUGUGACCCUACAAUACCGUGCCAACCUCCGUGUAUCCCAGGAGUAACGUGUCCCUAA